GAUUUGAUAUUUUAUUUAGUAAUAUUACAAUUCUUUUUUUACGAAUUAUUCAGAUUAAUGCGAGAAGAAGAAUCGCUUGAAAACAUAAAGCAAUAUUAUGUUAAAUGUAAAAAUGAGGAUGGAAAAUAUAAUUCAAUCCAAAAUAUCUAUGGUUGCGUAAGCAUUGGCCAAGCCAUUAUUUUUUGCCACACCCGUAAAACUGCUGCUUGGCUUGCAGCAAAAAUGACAUCGGAUGGUCAUUCUGUUGCUGUGCUUUCUGGUGAUUUGACAGUUGAACAAAGACUUGCUGUUUUAGAUCGUUUCCGCUCUGGUCUUGAAAAAGUACUUAUAACUACGAAUGUUUUAUCAAGAGGCAUUGACAUUGAGCAAGUUACAAUUGUUGUUAAUUUUGAUUUGCCGGUGGAUGUUCGUGGCAACGCUGACUGUGAAACUUACUUACAUCGAAUUGGCCGCACCGGUAGAUUUGGAAAAUCUGGGAUCGCCAUAAAUCUUAUAACGGACGAAAAAUCUAUGAAAGUAUGCUCCGAUAUUGAGAAACAUUUUAAAAAAGAUAUAAAGCUAUUGAAUACAGAUAAUGCCGAUGACAUUGAAAAAAUUGGCUCAUAGUCUAUUUCUACACACACAAUCUAAUAAAAAUAUAUAUAUUUCAAAAAAA